GCAGUUUCAUUGAUAACGCGCAACGAAUUGGAUCUCAGUCAAACGCCGGCCAGCUGCACUGUCACAAAAUUCGUUUUCGUGGCUGCAAAUUCACAAAGAAAACAGAUUAAAAACGACAUCUGUAAUGUAACUAUAUCGUGUUUUGCUCAGAAGUAAUGCUGAUGACUCACUAGCUUCAUAGUUUCUCGAACCAAUACUCGGCUCAUUGAUUCUUCGCUUGUUUUUUCGCAGCGCGUGUGUUUAAUUAUAUAGACCAUGUGGAUUACUGUGCCACUGGCAAAAACAACAACGAAACCAGCAAAUUAAUUCAAUCGUGUGCAAUCUGCUUGUGGGUGCCAAUUUGGGUUUCCUUUCAAAUUAGUGCGAUAAUGAUAUAGACUGAACUGAAAUCAAAAAUAAAAUUACAAUAUGCCGGCAAUUCAAAAUGGUAAAUAAGUUAAUUCGGAAGCCGAAUCCAGUUCAAUCAUCAUCCAGCAACAUUGUGGAAUUCCCAAGCAGGAAAAGGAAAAGCUGGGAGUGAGCCGAAGUCAUAUAAAAUACAUAGCAGCAAAGUGGAAAAAUUGUGGAAAGCAGGAAAUGAAUAUGCAAAAAAGGGCAGAAGGGAUAUGAAAAAUGCAAAUAGCCAAAUCGAGUUCAAUGAGAAAUGCAGCUAACCCUAAGCCGAGCGUAUUUACACAAUUUCACAUGCAAGGCAACAGCAGUGGCAUUCAGGUAGUUCGGGGCACACAGGACCAGGUCACAGUCCGAAUACAAAUGCGACUCACUGUGCUGAUUGCUAAUUGUGGCUGACUGGUAAACCGAAGAAAGCAAGAGCGCCGAAUGAAAAAUGCAUUAAAUGCAACCACAAAAUAGAGCAAAAAGUAAAACCAAUCAAACGACAAAAAAGGGGAAAUUGCACAUACUGAGCGCAGAGCAAAACAAAAGGAUGACAAAACCAGUUAGCGAAUAUUAAAAUUGAUUUCUGCGGUCUGGAUAGCGGAUAUUGCUCAUAUAUGUACGUCAAUCGGUUGCAAAGGGCAGCGUGAUAUAAAAAAUUAGCUGAUUUAUAAAUAAACAAUCAUAUUUGUGGGCAAAAGGACAUAAAAUGCAAAAGCCAGCGCUUAAACUGCGUCGACUCUUCAUCAUUACCGCAAUUUAUAUAGCCAGUUUGCCAGGUCUCACUGUUGGGCUGCGGAACGUCAACGUUCGCAUACCGUCCGCCGUUAAGCGUGGCGAUAAUGCGCUCUUAAUCUGCAAUUAUGACAUCGAGAACGACACGCUCUACACGGUGAAAUGGUAUCGUGGCAGACGGGAGUUCUACCGCUAUACGCCCAAGGAAAAUCCGGCCUGGAAGAUAUUCACCAAAACGAACGAAAUCGAUGUCGAGACUGCCCAAUCGAAUGCCAGCCACGUUCUUUUGCGAAAUGUUCCCACCUCAAUAUCGGGCAAAUUUGCCUGCGAAGUGUCCGCAGAUGCACCCACCUUCGAUACUUCCAUCGUGGCCGCCGACAUGGAGGUGGUUGAAUUGCCCACCCAACGACCCAUAAUUACUGGCAUCCAUUCAAGAUACCGUCUGGGGGACGUUAUAAAUGGGAACUGCUCAUCGGAUUACUCCAAGCCGGCUGCGAAUCUCACCUGGUGGAUCAAUGACAUACAGGUGCCACCCAAUUAUCUCCGCAUCUACGACAUUCAGCGGCACGUGGCCGAGCAUCUGGAGUCGGCGGUUUUGGAGAUCAAAUUCGUGGUGACGGUACAUCACUUCAUCAAGAGUCGCUUAAAGUUGAAAUGUUCGGCAAGGAUACACGAAAUUUACGCACAGGAGAGCGAAAAAUUAAUCGAGGAAGAUCGUCCCAGGAUUCUGGCCUCUGGCAGAUCACCUGAUAUGAAUAUGUAUCCAUUUGAUCAGCCAGGGGAUGCAGAUGAGCAUAACGAACUAUUUUUGAUCCAUUCAAAUGCGGCUUGCGGACCAUUUGCCUGGCAUCCGAUUUUGUUUUUGCUGUUGUGGCCAAGUUUCUGGGUUUUCGCCGCCUGGGAGAACUGGCUGUGGAACCUGUUGGAGGCUCGACUUUUUGGCAGGGCGGUGCGGUGAUAGGAUGGCCAAUGGCAGGAGAGAUGGACUUUAGGCGGGACUUGAGACGGAUGAGAAACCGUGCUCAGGCUCGGCAAUAACGGUACCCACAUUUAGCGAAUCGAUUAGCAAAUCAAGAGUGAAGGGUCCUCAGCAUACCGAAUAUACCUACUCACAUACACCUACAUCUAUGUUAAGUACGUAACUGUAAAGACAAAUGCAUUUCCAAAGACCCGUACUCCUCUAUUCCUAAGUAAAGUGUAAAUAGGCAUCGAGCACUUCCUCGCAUACUCAACAGGAAUAUAUAUAUAUACUACAUACAUAUAUAUGUAUAUGUAUAUAUACAUAAAAAUAUAUCUACUCUCUAAGCAGGAUUCUAAAUGUUUGCUUUCGUUGGGUUUUCGACGAUUCAUUGUUAAGAUUGUGGUUUCUAGGCAGAUUCAUUGUUCUGUUCGUCUGUGUCUGUACAACUAAAAUGAUUAGCCGUAGCUUUAACAUUAGUGUGAUCUUAAGUUGAAAGUGUGCGUAUUGAUGGAAGCCAAAUAAAGAUGGUUUUAUUUGAUC